UGGUCCCGCCCACCGUGAAGUUGUUCAUGAAUUCGCGGCGCUAUAUUUUUAGCUUGUUAGCAUGCUAGCAUCAGCGUCGUCGAUAUAAAUUCACAGCACUGCUUGCUCUUUUAUUGUUAGCAUAGAACCAUGUGCUUUAGCCACAUAUUAUAAAUGCGAAGCACGCAAGUGUAGUAGCUUUGCGCUGUUUUUAACGCACUAGUUUUGUUUGUUCGGGAUGUUUUUACCCUUAACAUGGAAACAAAAAAAGGGGAGAUUCCCAACGGGCUGCUGGAUGACCUUUGCAGUCGCUUCAUUCUGCACAUCCCAAGCGAGGAGCGGGACAAUGCCAUCAGAGUUUGCUUCCAGAUUGAGCUUGCCCAUUGGUUUUACCUGGACUUCUGCAUGCAGAAUUCACCAGGAUUACCUCAGUGUGGGAUAAGAGACUUUGCCAAAGCUGUUUUUAAUCACUGUCCAUUCCUGCUGCCCCAAGGAGAGGAUGUUCAGAAAGUUUUAGAGCAGUGGAAAGAGUAUAAGAUGGGUGUGCCUACGUUUGGUGCCAUUAUUCUCGAUGAAACGCUUGACAAUGUGUUGAUGGUCCAGGGUUAUCUGGCCAAAUCUGGCUGGGGUUUUCCUAAAGGGAAAGUCAAUGAAGAUGAGGCUUUCCAUGACUGCGCUGUGAGAGAAGUUUUAGAGGAGACGGGCUUUGACAUCCGAGAUCGUAUCUGCCAGAAGACAUAUAUUGAACAGAAGAUUUCAGAUCAGUUGGUUCGAUUGUACAUUAUACCGGGAGUUCCUAAAGACACCAAGUUUAACCCCAAGACCAGAAAAGAAAUAAGGAACAUUGAAUGGUUCCCAGUGGAUAAGCUGCCGUGCCACAGGAACGAUAUGACCCCAAAAUCCAAGCUUGGACUGGCUCCUAACAAGUUUUUUAUGGCUAUUCCUUUUAUGAGGCAGCUCAGAGAGUGGAUCGCCAAACACAAAGGAGAGUCAACGAGUAGCGACGAGGAUUUUGCGUCCAAUGGCAGCACACCUUGCAAACCAUUCCGUUCUAAACCCAGGAGGUCUCAGAUGUUGAUGGAAGCGUCUCCUGAAAGCUGGUCAAAGCAAAAACAACAGAAACCCUUUGGGCAGCCCUCCCAGAGUGAGUUAGUAGACGUGCUUAAACCCAAGAAUCAUGUGAAAGGCAACAGCAAGAAACACCAGGAGUCUCCAAACCUGAAAAAAAGAGCUAAUGGUGUCAGUCAGCAGCAGAGAGAUGACAAGAAACUUCAGCCCAGAAGACUGCAGGAUAACUUUGACACAGACGCAGCUGGUGAAGUCUAUGGCUGUAACGGAGAGGCAGACUACGGGGAAUACGUUCUCUCCUCGCGGUCUUUUCUCAGCUUUAAAUUUGACAGAGAGGCCAUCAUGAAAUCCUGCUUCGAGUCCUGAAGUUCUGCUGUGCUGCCUCUGGUUUUUAAAAUAUUUCCCUCAAAUCUACAAGUGGAUCUUCUGCGCUGUAACCUGUUAGUCGUGAUGCAGUGUGUGUUGGACCAAGAUUACAUAAAUCAAAAAAUUCCUUUUUUUCCCCACACACAAAUGUCAGUUUCUGUUCAUCUGGAUCUGGAAUGCUGUUAGCUUGAGUUCUUUGUAGACAUAAUAUUUAUGCUUGUGUCCAAUCAUGAGUGCAUCAUCAUUUUGUCACUAAAGAGAAGUUUGUCUUGGUAAACUUGCUGUUACUAAUCUGUUAAGAAACUAACUGGUUUGUCUGAAACACUUAAAGCUUUGGUUUGGAGCUCUUGAAGUGCAUUUUCCACUCGUUUCAUUGUGAAUUCAGAAAUGACAGUAAUCAGUCUGUAUGUUGAAUUUCUACGGCUGAAGUCAUGUCAGUGUUCGCCGUUUGCCGUUUUUGCUGUUAAACGUACAACCUCGCAAAUAUAAUAAGCUGCUCAAAAAGCAUGCUUUUGGAGUGUCACAUGACUGGUACUGUACAGAUAGAAAGGACGUUACUCGCACAAAAGCAGUGAAGCCCAGUCAAGCACUAUAUACUUUAUCUAGUCCUCAGUCGCCAAAUGUCUGCUCAGUUUGACAUUGAGGUGUUUUGGAAUUUUCUGUUUGAUAAAUGACAUUUCAUCUGUUUCCCUUAAGUUGUCUUCGGUGUUGUCAAGCUGUUUGUUUUCUGUUCAUGUUCAUUGGUAUUUUUAUCAUGCUUCAACUCCUGCUCUGGUUUUCCCCAUCCUUUACAUGGUUACGAUACAAUAUUAAUAUUUUCUCUGUGAAAUCGCACUGAUGUCUGUGGUAAGUUCAUUUACAAUUAUGCAACGUGAUUUGCUUAACCACAUUAUCUAUGGUUUGUAUAGUCGUUUUUUCUUUCUCAUUUUGGUAAAUAAAGACACUUUCUUAAAGAGU